GCUUAUCUUCAUCAAGCACCCAAGUGAAUAUCACAAAGUAAUAGCAAAUUUAAGCUUUCCUAAGAAGAGAGUAAAAAAUGGAACACUUAAGAGAUGAGUAUGGAAACCCAGUUCGUCAAACUGACGAAUACGGGAACCCUGUUCAGUAUUCAGGCACCAUGGGUUCAUAUGACACAGGAGCCGGUUUGCAUGGAGGAAAUCCGGUUACUGGUGCUGCUGGCUAUGACUCUACUAUGGGCACCGGAAUUGGAACUGGUUACGGCACGGGAACGGGUACGGGCACGGGCAGCUAUGACACAGGUGUUGGUAUGGGUGGUGGCCAUGCACAACAGUUGCAGCAUCAGAAGCCCCAUGAAAGUGGUCUAACUGGUAUGCUCCACCGCUCUGGGAGCUCCAGUUCUAGCUCUUCGGAGGAUGACGGACAAGGGGGAAGGAGGAAGAAAAGUUUGAAGCAGAAGAUAAAGGAAAAACUACCUGGUGGUGGGCACAAGAAAGAUGAGUAUGGCGCUACUACUACCACAACUCCUGGAUAUGGUCACACUAAUACUCACACUGGCUAUGAACAGCAUGAAAAGAAAGGAAUUAUGGACAAGAUUAAGGACAAGCUACCUGGUGGCGGUCACCACUAAACGCACCACCACUUUUGUUUUCUGUAUUGUUUCUUUCCUUUUCUUUUUAUAGGUUUUGUAAUAAAAAGUUUUAAAAAUUAAUAAAAAAAGUUUCUGAAAUUAUAUAAUUA